CCCCCGAUACACGUUGUAGUACCAAUGAUCCCUGCCUCUAGGACUGUGUAAGCUUUCAUUCUAUACCCGUUCCUUUCAAUGCUUGAUAGAGGUCACUACUAGUAUUCGUUCAAGGCAUGAUGCGCAGCACACGAAAUCAUGAUGCAGUUAUUGAUACUCAUCUUCAGGUACAAUGAAGUCGACCCUCUCCUCCCAGCAGGACGACGACGGAACAAUGGCCCAGGAUGUUGCUUCUUUACAAUUCUCGGAGCCAUGCUCAUUUUCGGGGUGUUUGCCAUCGUUUUCUUCUCAUUUAUGCCCCUCAAUGAGUUCGCUUGGACCAAUAUCGAAUCUCAUUCCUGCACCACUUAUGCAACAAAGGAAUACGUAGCGGAGCUCAACGCGUCUCGUUGGAGCCAUCAUAGGAUGGAAAUCUGCAUGGCCACUCCGGUGUUUAUUCAUGGCCGGCCCCACUGGCCCUCUAGAUGUGAAGAUCGCUCAGGCACGGUGUUUGGACAUUUCGCCAUUAACCAUGACGAGCCUGACUGCGUUACCUACUGGAGUGGAUAUAAAGAUAUGGGCUGUUCCGCUAGAGGCUCAAAGAAGAGGCACAUCGAGCAACGUCUCGAGAACUUGCCGUUCCUAGCUGACUAUAAGGAGUUUUGUGCAACAACCCCUGCUCAUUUCCUAGACCGGAAAUUCUCUGGUGCAGACUCGUGCGUGAAUAAUAUCUGGGGUGUCUACGGGCAAUGGUUUAUCGAUGACCAUGGUUGUUGAAGCAAGCGAUUAUCGAUAAGCGUCGUUUCUUGUACCCAACUUUAUCUCCGCUUCUUAUCUCGACAUUUGUACACUAUUUAAUGAUGUAACCUAUGCUUUGAAUACUUCUUCUAUUGUGGCUUAUUUCACAUUUUUGAACGGAGCGUG